AUGGGUUCGCUGAUUUCGGGAUUCAUCGCCGAGGCGGUCCUGCAACGGUUAGAGUCGCUGGUCUUCCAACACCACAGACCGAAAUUCUGGGCCCGGUAUGUGGAUGAUACCUUCGUCGUCAUCGAAGGGGAUCAGGUGUUGACAUUCCAAGAACAUCUCAACGCCGUCUUCCCGGACAUUCCAUUUACGAUGGAGGAGGAAGAGAACAACCAGCUGGCCUUCCUGGAUGUCCUCGUAUGCCGCAAGGAUUGUGGUGGACUAAAGACCAAAGUGUUCAGGAAAGCGACAAAUACGAUGCAAGUACUGAACUUCAACAGUAACCACCCAAUCAGCCACAAACGCAGUUGUGUAAGGACGCUCUAUCGACGUGUCGAAACGCACUGCAGUGAGCCGGAAGACAAAAUUGCUGAACUACAAUACCUCCGACGGGUCUUCAAAGCCAAUGGCUACCCGCGCAACUUCGUCGACCAGUGCAUAGGCAAAAGGGACGAAAGGCCUAACCGCACGGACACCAAGUCUUGGCGGGCACUUCCGUAUGUCAAGAACGUUUCGGAAGCUGUCGGCCGCCUUCUCGCACCACUUGGGGUUGGAGUGGCACACAGACCGGAGGCAACCAUCAGACGUCUGAUCAUGAAACCGAAAGACCCACUGCCACGGCUAGAAACGUCUGGAGUCGUUUAUCGGAUCUGGUGCAGUUGCGGACAAAGCAACUACGUCGGAGAAACCGGAAGACAGCUCCGAACGAGAAUGGCCGAACACGCGGCAGCAGUGCGCAGAAAUGACGCCAGCUCUCAAGUUGCAGCUCAUUCGCCGAGAUCCGGCCACACAUUUAAAUUCGAUGAGGCCGAAAUUCUCGCAAGAGGUGACAACCGAGUGAGCCGGGAGCUACUGGAAUUAUGGUUUACUGGCCCCCAGUUCAUCAACAAGUGCAACGAUCUUCGCAUUCAAUACAGCGUGCUGAGACUUUGUCUAGGCGAAGUAAUUGGCCACGCGGGGAGCGCACUGGUGAACACUCUUCCCAACACCCGGGUCAACGCGUCAGAUGGUCGAGCAAUCAUCAAGCCAAUAUCCAACGCACGUGAUGAAAUUGCAGCAAUAAUCGACGCGAAUGUCGGCCAUCAAGCAAUGAUCACACCAAGUGUGACAAUCCCGGAUGAAGGGGGAAGCCGUGAACGUUCAUAG